AUGCCUCGUAAGUCUGAUAACACUACAGAGGCUAGAGAUGGAGGAAAUACUGUAGGAGUCAGUGGUGGAUUAGGGGCAGGCGGGAUAAGUACCAAGGAAGCUGGCGUGUCCAUUGAUGACCAUACUCUUCCAAAAUCUAUAGUAACUCGCCUUGCCAAAGGUGUGCUCCCGCAAAACACCAGUGUUCAGAAAGAUGCCAUCCUUGCUCUUUCUAAAGGCGGCACUGUAUUCAUCAACUACCUUUGUGCAACAGCAAACGACACAGCUAAAAACCAUGGAAGGAAAAUGAUCAAUCCCAAAGAUAUUCUCGAGGCCAUGCAGAUGAUGGAGUUUGACGACUUUGUUCCUCGCUUGGAGGCUGAACUAGCUAAAUUCAAUGAACUUGCUGCCGAGAAGCGUGCAGCAGCAAAAAAGCCUUCAAAAUCCAAGGAUUGUGUUGCUAUAUCAGGAUCCGGUGCCGUUAAGCAUUCGCCCUCCGAGUCCUCACAUAAUGGGAAUGAUUCCCCCCCAGCGCCCAAGAAGAUGCGUGUAGGUGCGACUACAGACUCCGGAACGAGUCAAUCAAAGAGCACUGGACAUAUAACGAAUUCUGUUCCUGUUAGAGGGUGGGGGGACGAGGAAGAGGAAGAGGACGAGGAGAUAGGAGAUGAAGAAGAGGACGAUAUUGACGAGGCAGAGGAAACCGAGUCUGAAGCAUUGGACGAAGAAAGUGACGAAGCUCCUGAAGAGGUCGAUGGAAGAAAUGGCCAGGAUGAGGAGGACGAAGCACUUGAUAACGGCAUCGAUAGUGAUUAG